ACCUAGAUUGUAAAAGAAAAAAACAAGGUAGUUUCUAGUGUUGUGCUGUUUAACUAAUAUCUCUUUACAGAGAAUUAAAUCAUGAUUCCAAAUAGUCUUAUUACUAAAUUGCCAUUAAAAUACAAUGAGGUUUAGUUAGCUUUUUGGAUUUUUCGGUUAAAGUUUACUGAAGACCUUGAGGGUUAUGUUGAAGAAAUUAACGAAAAACACCUUUUUCACCUUUGCAAACCUCAUUUCUUGCAUCAAACUUGUAAAAAUCGACUCAAAUCCACGUCCUACAUUGAAUAUGAGUGACAUAAAAGCAUUUAAAAGAGCUAGAUACGAUGGCAGGUCCAAGAAACGUCAGUGGGAAGAAAGAAGGUCCGACAAGGGAGAGGCAAUCGGCAGUGCAACCCCUUCUAAGAAAACUAAAAACGAAGAUAUUGAAACCGUUCAACUGACUUUAGAUAAAGUGAAGAGACGGAAAUUUUGCCUGUUGAUGGGCUACUCGGGAGUGGGGUAUUACGGUAUGCAACGAAACCCGCACACGAAAACAAUUGAGGAAGACCUGUUUAAAGCUCUAUUUAAAAUUGGUUUGAUAAACGAAGACUGUUAUAACCAGGUUCAGAAUAUGCAGUUUCAGAGAGCAGCACGUACUGAUAAAGGAGUGUCAGCAGCAAGACAGAUAGUUUCCUUGAAAUUAGCGGAAAACAUAGACUUGGGAAAGAUAAAUGCAGAGCUACCCGAAGUAAUAAGGGUAUUUGCUUACAAAAGAGUGACGAAAGGCUUCAACAGCAAAUCUCAAUGCGAUAGUCGAACUUAUAUCUACAUGUUACCGACGGUGGCCUUUGCAGACAAAGAUCAAGAUAUUUCUCAGAAAGAUUACAGACUCGGAGAGGAAAAGCUUAAUACUGUGAAUACCAUUUUACAAAACUUUGUUGGUACAAAGAACUUCCACAAUUACACAUCGAAAAAGAAACCAAACGAUCCCAGCGCUAAUAGAUAUAUCAAAUUGUUUGAUUGUGAAAAACCGUUUGUGCGGAAUGAGGUGGAGUUUACAGUGUUGAAAGUGCAGGGGCAGAGUUUUAUGAUGCACCAGAUAAGGAAAAUGGUCGGAUGUCUAAUAGCGGUAGUUAAAGGCCUUGCGUCAGUUGACAUUAUAAAAGAUUCAUUUCAAAUGGAAAAGGUUAAUGUUCCUAGAGCGCCAGGUCUUGGUUUAGUUUUGGAUUAUGUUCACUAUGACAGAUACAAUAAUCGAUAUGGAACCGACGGUAUGCACGAAAAAUUGACCUGGGAAGAUGUUGAAGAUGAAAUAAACAAUUUCAAAGAAAAAUACAUCUAUCCUACUAUAGUCGAAACUGAAAUUAAAGAAGAAUCUAUGAUCUAUUGGAUAAAAAAUAAGCUUUCCAGGCAUUCAUAUGAUUUAGACGAAGAGGAUAAUGACAGCGGAGACGAAGGUGAAGAUGACGAAGAUAAUGACAAGGAUGAAAUAAUUGACAACCAAAAUAGUAAAACACAAAAUGUCAGUAAUUAAAUACAAAAGUGAAUAAAAAAGUUGUUUUAUAGAA